AUGGAGUCCAAUAUUUAUAACAAGACACUUUAUGCGGAGGCAAAUAUAACCAUUAGUGUUCAAAACCAGUUGGAUUACACGUCCGCGCAGGUUCGGAGGAAAACAUGCAAGAGUAAAAACUAUAGUUUGGACAUAAUCGCAGACUGCUUCUUUCCUGAACCGGAGGAAUGGGGUCUGAUUGCUGGAUACGCACUAACAUUCAUCGUUGGGGUUCUUGGCAAUGUUCUGGUUUGUUUUGCUGUUUGGCGUAAUCGCGAAAUGCGAACAAUUACGAAUAUAUUUAUGGUGAACUUGUCCGUUGCAGAUCUAAUGGUUCUUCUUAUAUUGCUACCAACAGCCCUUGUCGCUGACGUUACUGAAACGUGGCUCAUUGGAACAGCAAUGUGCAAAUUAAGCAUUUCCCUCGGGACCAUGUGUAUAUCAGUCUCCAUCUUGACCCUUUGUGCGAUCUCAAUAGAGCGAUGGUACGCGAUCUGUCGGCCUCUCAGUUUCCAUAGCAACAUCCAAAGAGCCCGCAUCAUUAUCGGCGCCAUUUGGACUGUUUCCAUUUGCGUGGCCUUGCCCGAGUUCCUGGCCUCCACUGUGAUACCAUAUCGCACAGACACAAUCUUCAGAACAAUGUGUAUUCCGGCCUUGUGGAAGCUAAAUACGAUAGCAAUCUUCCAGAUCUGUCUGAUGGUGUUCCUCUAUUUCCUGCCACUGAGUCUGAUGGCCUGUGUGUACACUCAUAUAGGAGUCGUGCUCUUGAAGAAACGGAUACCUGGGACUGCAGAUCUGCGCCUAAGGGCAACGAAUUACCAUAGCCACUCACAGGAGAACAGUAACUGCAGACAUACCGGCCGAAGGAAGGCGGUCAAGAUGUUGGUGGCCAUUGUAAUUGUGUUUGCCUUUUGUUUCCUGCCAAACCACACACUAAACAUCCUAAGAUACACAAAACAACUGAAAGUUGUUCCAAAUCUGCGGAUGUUCGCCCUCAUCUCUCACUGGUGCAUGUUUUUCAACAGUUGCAUCAACCCAAUUAUUUAUAACUUCAUGAGCGAUAAAUUCAGAAAAGAGUUCCGUGUCGCAAUAGCUCUGUGUUGUUUAUGCGGCGAAAACAGAAGGCAGAGCGUAUCGAGGGUAAUGUACCGCAUGACGGCGCUCUACACGGGGAAUGUAACCAUUCGAGACAACAAAACAACCUCCAGUGUAUCAAGAGACAAUCCAUGA